AUGCUUGGUAAUGGUCGUUUAGAGGCUCAAUGUUUUGAUGGAGAAAAACGACUAGCACAUAUCCGCGGAGACAUAAUCUUAAUUUCUCUUCGUGAUUAUCAAGACGCUAAGGCGGAUGUAAUUCUAAAAUAUACAACUGAGGAAGCUAGAAAUUUGAAAGCUUACGGAGAAUUACCGGAGAAUGCUAAAAUUAACGAAACAGAUACAUUCGGACCAGAAGAUGAUGAAUGUAAUUUCGAAUUCGAUAUUGAUGAGUCAUUAAUUAGCCAUUAA